CCGCUUUACUCUUCGCACCCCUCCUGACAAAGCAAAGCACUCGGCUAUCGCACGGCUGAAUCCGCUGCGGCACUAGCGGCUGCCAAGCUUAAGCUGCUUUAGGGCGAUCGAUGGCGCGGUCGAGGGGCCUCGCCGUCCCGGCGGCGCUGCUGCUGCUGGCAGUGGCCUCGGCGUCGGCGGUGGGCGUGGCGGCCAAGACGAACGCCCACGACGUCGCGGAGGGCGGCGGCAAGGAGGAGGAGUCGUGGACAGACUGGGCCAAGGACAAGAUCUCCGAGGGGCUCGGGCUCAAGCACGUCGACGAGGAGGAGGCCGCGCGCAAGGCCGGCCACACCGCCAAGUCCGCGCGCGAGUCCGCCCAGCACGCCGCCUCCGAGGUAGGGAAGAAGGCGGGCGACGCCAAGGACGCGGCGGGGGAUGCCGCGGCUGGCGCGUCGAGCAAGGCCGGCCAGGCCAAGGAUCACGCCAAGGAGACGGUGAAGGGCGCGGCCGGCGAGGCGUCCAGCAAGGCGGGGUACGCCAAGGAGAAGACCAAGGAGGCGGCCGAGGCGCACGAGCGGUCCAAGCAGGGUAAGGCCAAGGUCGAGGAGACCGCCAAGGAGAAGGCCGCCAAGGCGCACGAGACGCUGCGCCAGACCACGGACGCGGCGGCGGAGAAGGCCGGCCAGGCGCACGAGACGCUGCGCCAGACCACGGACGCGGCGGCGGAGAAGGCCGGGGCGGCCAAGGACGCCGCAUGGGAGACGACGGCCGCCGCCAAGGACAAGGACGCGGCGUGGGAGAAGGCGGAGGCGGCCGGCAAGAAGGCGCAGCAGUCCAAGGAAGCGGCCAAGGGGAAGGCCACGGAGAAGGCGGCGUCGGCCAAGGACGCGGCGUGGGAGACGGCGGAGGCGGCCGGCAAGAAGGCGCAGCAGUCCAAGGAGGCGCCCAAGGGGAAGGCGGCGUCGGCCAAGGACGCGGCGUGGGAGACGGCGGAGGCGGCCAAGGAGAAGGCCAACGAAGGGUACGAGAAGGUGAAGGACAAGGCGCGGGAGACGGCCGACGCGGCGAAAGAAAGGAUCGGGGAGGUGAAGGAGAAGGUGACCGGCGCCGACGGCGACAGCAGGGAGAAGCACCGGAGGGCGGACGUCGACGCCACGGGCAAGCACCGGACGGUCGACGAGCUGUGAGCAGCUCGGAGCCGGCGCUCGAUCGAUCAAAUCUUUCUUUCACACUCCAUGCCAUAGCUCCUGUUCAUGAUGUUUUCGGAGUGUUGCUCUAGUUUUUCACACAGUUUCUGCACUUCUUGUUCCAGCCAUGGUGCUGUUCCUACUUUGUAUAAUAAUCUGAUAAUGUGCAGGCAUGCUUCUUUCACUUCAAAA